AUGACUCUUGACAACGCUUCAGCGACCCAAGACUCAGCCCCAUCCGAUGAACGCAAUCCCUUGAAAAGGCCCCGUCCCAGGCCUGUCAUCAGCUGUCUCGAAUGCCGGAGAAAGAAGUUGAAAUGCGACCGCACUUUGCCAUGCCGGCAAUGCGUGAAAGCCGGGAGGUCGGACGUGUGCGCCUUUCAGCCGGGUCAGCUUCCCGAACCCCGGGAUUCAUCAUACGAUGACCCUACUCCCAAGCGAUCUCGAAAUGAUCAGACACGCCCCUUGGCUGUUAAUGGCGACGAUGCUAGUCCUUCUGAGCAGGACAACGCCACUGUCACCAUUCCGCACGAUGGUCUGGGCAUGUUUGAGAAGCUCCAAUUUCGGGUUGCUCAUCUCGAGACCUUGUUGGACGUUGAUCACACUGUAGGUACAGUCCAACGCAAUCUGGCUGAUCGUGGUGGUGUCAGGCGUGACCGGCCAGAGGCAAGUCAAGUCGCACUGCCACAACCCGCCAUUAGCCGUCACCGCCUGCCGACCACAGUCUUUCCAGACGCUGCCUUCUUUAUGCGAGGCUUUGCUGCACAAAACUCGGAAGAUCCGAGGAUACAAAGAGUCGCAGAUGACCUGCGAUGUCUGCACUACUCGCUCAAGCAAUUUCACAAGAGGCCCCAUAUCGGUUCCAAUUGUGUGGGCUUCAUGAACCUCUUGCCUUUGAUUCCGUCUCGAGAUGUGUGCUAUUUACUGUCAGAGCUAUAUUUCGACAACCUUGAGCACUGCUUUCGAAUCUUACACAAAACUACUUUUAACAGACAGUUGAACGAAUUCUUCCUCGCUGGCGAAACAAUACAGGAUCUAUCUUUCAUCCCACAGCUUAUGGCCGUGCUCUCGAUGGGUGCGCUGCUCGGUACUCGAUCCGAGUGUGUAGAUGUCGCGCAGGCCAAUGAGGGGCGCCUAAUCCCAAUGAGUAUUGUUUACAUCCAGGACUACCUUGAUAGUCUGAGUUCAAAGAAACUAUACACAAUCCCUAUACUGCAGACGAAGAUGCUUCUCCUCAUACUACGGUGGAUGCGACUGGACAAAAACAACGAUCUUUGGCGUCUAUCUGGAGACAUUCUGCGGCAUGCCCUGAUCAUGAACAUGGACAGAGAUCCGAGCCAGCUGCAAGAGCCAACAAGCCCACUACAAGCGGAAUUGAGACGGCGACUGUGGAUGACAAUCGUUGAAGAAGACCUCAUGCUCUCCAUUCUUAGAAACAUGCCUUGCAUGGUUCCAGACUUCACCUGCCAAGCUCCGCUCAAUGUCGAUGAUGACGAGUUGCAAGACUUUGGCAAGCCCCCGUCCCCGAGACCUCAAGAUGAGUGGAGCGACUCACUAUGCCAGGUCGUACUCGCCCAGUCGGUGAAGGAUAGGCUACAUGCUUGUCAAGACCUUAGGUCAACGCACUCGAUUCGCUACGAGCAUGUCUUGGACCAUACGCGAUCGUUCGAAAAGAUCCUUGAGACCUUACCCGCACCUCUGCGCUUCAGCCAUCAAGACAACAUAGCAAGCAAGGCGCCGUCGCGCUUGAUGGCAAGAAUGGAGCUAGACAUCUCUAUCAGACGUCCCCUGAUGCAUUUGUACUCACCUUUUGCGCAUGCAAAUAACGAGCGUGACGAGUUCUCUGAGGCCCGGGCUGGCUAUUUGCAAUCCUGUUUGAUGCUUGAUGUUUAUCAGGACCUGUUCGAUCCCAAAUACUCGGAAUUGGGUGUAGAACGUCCCGACGGCUACUGGGACUUCUUCUAUAAUCUUUAUCGCAGUGAGUUGCAUCAAGCCGUGUCAGGCAUUUGUCUCGAGCUCAAGCGUAUUUCGACUUCAUCCCAACCAGAUACUCCCAUCCCGACUUCUGGACUGCUCAAGACUCAGACUUACAGUCGCGCCAGCCUCAUUCAUGCCAUCAAGGACACAUUAGAACCGAUGGUCAGGAGGAUCGGUCACCUUGGCGCGGAUCUGAAGGAGCUCAGCUAUCUGACCAUCGUCUUCAACUCUGUCAAAUCUGCACAGUACGAUCCUGGCACAGUGGUCGAAGCUCUCGAAGAUCUUGUUGCGGCUUGCAAGCUCCAGCUGUGCCGCAACAACAUCCCGAUCAUCCAAGAUCAAAAUAAUGCGGCAACUGAUACGAGUGGCUGGACACCGGGGCCCGGGAACGAUAUUGCUUGGACUGAUCUGGCAAACUUCCCCUUCGAGUUUGACUAUGGGAACGAGAUGAGCUUCGACUUAUCAUAA